GUGUCAGAAAGUCAAACAAAACGUUGACAACACUGAAAUGAGCUGUCAAGACGUUUUACCUUUCAGAGAAUGUAGAAACAAUUGAUUUUACACGUUUUAUAUAGUUGUUUUUCUGAGAUUAUUUACUUUGUUUAUGAAGUUAAAAUAUCUAGCCGUCUAACUGUCACACGAUGGCAGCCGCGGCUCAAAGCGAUUUAUCGAUCGCGGAGCUGAAGGCUGAGAUCGAGAGGCUUGGCCGCGAGCUCGACCAAGCCAGCAGCGAGAAGAUCCAGUCGGCGCAACUGGGCCUGGUGCUGCUGGAGGAGAAGUCGGCGCUGCAGCAACGAUGCGACGAGCUCGAGGCCCUCUACGAGAACACCAAGCACGAGCUGGAUAUCACGCAAGAGGCUCUUAUGAAACUAGACACAACUCAGAAGGUAACAACUCGGAGUGGAAUAGAGCAAGAAAAUGCUCUCCUCAACGAGUCGGCUGCUAUGGAGAGCUCCCUCACCCUACAGAUACUGGAGCUGGAGAGUGAAUCCAAACAGUUGCGUCACGAAUUGGACCGCGUGGUGAGCGAACGUGAUCGCUUACUGGCUGAAAGUUCGGAGCUGGGCCAGGACAAGGUAUCCCGGGAGUCGGAGCGCGUGGCUCUGAGGGCUGAGCUCCGGGAAGCCAGGCAGAGGGAACAGAGACUGCUCGUCGACAUCGGGGAUUUGGAAGACGAGAAUAUUUCGCUACAGAAACAAGUGUCCGCGCUCAGAUCUUCACAGGUUGAAUUCGAAGGCCUAAAACAUGAAGUCAGACAACUUCGCGAAGAGGCCGAAAAUGCGCGCGCCAUGGCCGAAGAGACGGCCGCGUUACGCCGCAUCGCUGAGCGACAGCUGGCCGAAGCGCUCGAAGCGCUGCAAGCCGAGAGAGAAGCCAAGUUCGCUGCCAAGAAGGAACUUGACGCUCACCUCAGCAGGGAAGCUGCGUACAACAUCACCAACUUGGCUUACAGUAUACGAGGUAUGCCAGACGACGGCACAGAGGACGAGGGCGAACCGGGCGGUUCCUCGUCAGCGGAACUGGCGGGCGCCAUGGGCGACCACCACGCCGACCUCUUCUCUGAAGUGCAUCUCCACGAGAUAUCCAGGCUUGAGAAGCAAUUGGAACAGGCACAUAAUGAAAAUAGUCAGCUACAAGCGUCGAUGCGCAGCGCCCAGGUGACGGCGGAGAGCGAGAGCGCGGCCGCCGCGCUGCUCCGCGCCGGCCUCACUCGCGCUGCCUCUCGCGUCACUGCGCUACACGCCUUGCACUCUGACUGCGCACCAUUGGACGAGGAGAAGGUUGAAUCCGGUGGAGUAUCAGCGCGAGCUGCCAAAUGGCUGACGUGGUGGCGAGUGUCCGGCGGCGAGUUGUCCGGACUGGCAGCGCUACUGUCCGAGCUGUCGUCCGGCGCGGUGCCGGCGGACGGGUCGGCGGCGUCGGCGGCCGCGUUGCAGAGGGCGGCGCUGGCGCAGCUGGCUGAUAGGGUCGCUGAGGCUGAAGUGCGAUGUGCUGCGUUGCAAGCCGAUGCUGAUCUGUUGAGGACUCUUGCUGGAGGAGCGGGCCGUGCCCUGUCGACGGCGGCGCCGGCGCUGCUGUCGGCGGCGGAGACGCUGGCGCAGAUCUACCACCACGUGUGUGCCGUCAACGGCACCCAGCCCGAGCGCGUGCUGCUCGACCACGCGGGGCAGAACAUAGUAUCAGGCGCCGAAGACCGUGGCGCGGAGGCCGAAGCCCUAGCCCUCGCAGCGGGCGAGCUAGAAGGCCUGCGGGCGGCGGGCGGCGUGGCGCGGUCGGCCGACACGCUGCUGGACCAGUUGACACAUCUCCGUGCUGCGUUGGACACUGCACUCGACUCCAGGAACAGGCAUCAACCUGUAAUGGAGACCGAAGAGCGCGGCGCCGAGGUGGUAGAACUCCAAGAACAGGUGAUCAAGCUGAAGUCCCUGCUCUCCACCAAGAGGGAACAGAUCGCCACAUUGCGUACCGUUCUCAAGUCCAACAAGAACACCGCCGAGGUUGCUCUCGCCAACCUCAAGAGCAAGUACGAGACGGAGAAGAUCAUCGUUACCGAGACCAUGCUGAAGCUCAGGAACGAGCUGCGGCUGCUUAAGGAAGAUGCUGCUACCUUCUCCAGUCUCCGCGCGAUGUUCGCGGCGCGGUGCGAGGAGUACGUGACGCAGGUGGACGAGCUGACGCAGGCGCUGGCGGGCGCCGAGGAGGAGAAGAAGACGCUCAACCAGCUGCUGCGCCUCGCCGUGCAGCAGAAGCUGGCCCUCACGCAGCGCCUCGAGGAGCUCGAGGUGGACCGCGAGAUGCGCACGCGGCGCGUGCCGAAGGCGGGAGGCGGCGCCACGCGCGCGCGGGGGCGGGACUUCUAGCGACUCGUGUCGGCGCUCAAGGCCGCCGCCGCCGCCCUGCGCGCGCUGCUCGCGCCCGCCCCCCACGUGCGCAGCUAGGCGCCGCCCCCGGCCCCGCCCCCGGCCCCGCCCACUGCGCAGCGCCACGAAUUUAUAGUGUUUAGUGUGGGGCGUGCCGAGCGGCCGCAACAAUUUUAUAACUGUGCGCUCCCUUGGGACUAAAUUAUUUAUACGUUUUAUAAAAUUUUAAUCUAAUUAAUGGUAGGUACGGGUGUGAGGGAGGAGCCUCGGCGCGGCGCGGGGGGCGGGGCGCGGGCCCGUCGCUCCGUGAACCGUCAAACUGUGCAGCCGCGCCCGCCGCCCGCCGCGCUGGACGCGAUAGAGACGAACAUAGAAUUAAUGGAAUAAAAACUAGGUACUCGUCGAGGCUCCUCGCCUGGUGACAGUUGGUGUGUAAUAUUAAAGUUGACUGAUUUUUACCGCGAGCCCCGUCGGGCCGGUGCGUUGUUGUUGUUGCCGCAGUGUCGGCCGCUCGUGUCGGUCGUACUUGUCGCCCGCACGUGUCGGUCGUACUUGUCGCCCGCACGUGUCGAUGUUGCGUCUCGUUCGCGAUCGUGCCGCGCGUCACCGAUCCAGAUUUGAUAUCGAAUUUCCUCAAUAUAUCUAUCUAUUGCACGUCUCAAAUUGAUGUUUAUCGAGUAUUUUUGUAAUAGGAUCAGUGUAUUUUAUUACGCAUAUGAAUUUAUGACCGUUGUUACGAUAUCGCAGAAGACACGGCGGCGCAGCGGGCGGCCGGACGGCCGGCUUGCUGUCCGGCCCGGCUGGCUUGCUGUCCGGUCCGGCCGGCCGCUGCGCCGCACUCCGCCUCAGAGACACAUUUUCUUAUACGUGUGGAAGUUAACGGGAGUUUCGAUGAAACAGUGCGACAUUAUUUUUUAUGAUAUACAUUAUAUUUAUUGUUCGAGUCUUAUUAUAUUAAUAGAAUCCUCUACUCGAUACGAAUGUUUAGUACGUCCAAUUAAAAAUUUCUAAAAAUAAAAAAAAGAUAUUCGUCGACGUCCAUCCAUUGUGUGCGCAAAAAGACUAUGUAAUCUGUUCUGUAGUGGAUACGUUUGUUGUGUUGUUGUGGCCCUCUGCCGAAUACUUUCGUCCAUCUUGUUCUAGUUGUACUCGUAGUGUUUCAGUAUUUUUUGUUAGUGACGUUAGACUGUUGUGGCUGGGAGUUGGCUCUAAUGUAUUGUACCGGACUUGUUACAUUAACUGCGGACCGGCGCGAACUGCUAGCGUGUGUAUCUACCCGGAGUGUUGAUGGGAGUUGUAGGACAUGUUCGCGUCGAGGUCACCGACUCCUCGCCACUGUUGUGUUACUCUGCCGUCCUGUGGCGUCGCCACACGCGUCCAUUCUUGUCCAUGAGCUGGCCGCUGCACUGCUGUUCCCGCACUCCGCUGAACAUCUCACAAGCAAACACUUCACUCGUUAUCUCUCAACGAAUGUUACUUAUCAGUUUUCGUCCUUUUUGCUCAAAACUUUGCUCACGGGCGGCGGCCAGCGAAUCUAUUGAUAAGACAAAAUUUACAAAAAAUGAAAAAAGAUUUUAUUAAUGUUACGUAUUUAUUGUUUACGUUAUCGGAUGUGAUAUUGGCAGCUUCCCGUGCCGCGGUCGAUCGACCGCUCGGUGACAUAGUCGUUGACCUCUCCUAGCGUCUCACUGACCUUAGGCUAGUUGGACCGUUCCAUGUAGUGGGCACUCGCCCUUAGUAGGUAUUUUUACUGGUUUAGGAUAGAGCUAGAAACAUUAACCUUCAAGUAUACUUAGUAGGUAAUCUAGCGAGGAUGUCCUCGUGUAGUGGAAUUAAUUUGCAAUAUUAACUGUGGUAGCGAUAUUAGUUUGCAGAGCUCAAAGCGCGGCGGCGAGGCUCAGAGCCGCCGCCGCCGGACCAUCGCCUUGCAUUUAUUGUUUAUAGAUAUAAUUAUAUUGACUAGCUUUCAUUAGAGCUUUCUUCAUGUACUUAAACGAUGGACUUACCAAUUGUUAGCUUUACUAUGUAUUUUUCUUUUCUAAGUAUUAUUGUUUCGUAUGUAGCUUAGCAGCAGACAUCGUUUAUGUAUUCUUAUGUCUAGUCACAGAUAACUCCGCGCGUCUUGUGCUCGUUUCAUAGAUAUCAUUUAAACUAUAAUGAAACUCGUACUAGGCGCGGUUUGCAUCGACAUAAUAAUAUUUUUAUAUGCUAUUUGUUAUAAGAGCUGUAUGUUUUUCGACAAAUGAUAUUCAUCUGCAAGGAAUUUUGUCUGUAUUUUACGACACUGUUGAGUUUGUCGAAAUCACUUGACGUUUUCUACAUCGCUUAUUUGAUUCAGAUGUAUUGUUAUUUGUUAAAUAUAUGCCGACUAUAUGUUCAGUGCGCCGAAACUGUUUCGCCACUGCAUAUUAUAAGUAUUAGUGCAAUUUAAAUUUGGUUGUUUCAUAUACAUGAUAUUGUUCUUUGUAUUAUUAUGCAGUAUUUACACAACAUAGUGGGCAUCGCUCGAUGUCUGCUGCCACUCAUCGGUGGCGGUAAUCAUAGCGAUUAACCAAAAAUCAUAUUUUUCUUUAUACAUUAUAACAUUUAGAUAAUUAUUUUGCUUAGGCAUAGAUAUUACGUUAUUAUAGAGUAACUAUUGAUUAUUAGUUACAUUAUUUAAAGAUGACUUUUUGUUAUAAAAUGCCCGCUACUUUAUUAUUGUAUUGCGACAUGAUUUAGGUGUUGGACAACUCGAAGCAUGAAUGUUCCCACUGACCGUGGUCUCAUUUGAAUCUGUAGCUGAGUAAACGUCAAUUAACUUGAAGCUGGGUGCGACUGCGAGCUGAGCAUUAUCGUAGAAACUAUCGCGCAAUCCGUGUUCUCGUGUAAUGUGUGUUGUGUAACAAUGAGCUUGCCGGCGACCCCACGCUUUUCGAUACAACAUUGCACAGUUUGAUGGUUCACUUCGGACGAACAAUUAUAUUUCUUCCUCACUUUAAUUACAGAUGGCCACGUUUUAUUUGCUUUUGUAAUCGAACCAGAUUACAAGUCUUUUAGAAUUAAACCCAAUGAGCUUGUUUGUGUAAGCGGUGUGUAGAUAUUCACCGACAGAUGUAAUGAACCAGCGCCGGGAACAUAUCAUGACAGAGCGGAUUUAUUUUCAUUGUGUAAGGCACACCGUGUUGUCCCAAUGACUGAUUUGAAUCAUGUAUGAGAAUAAUAAAUUAUAUAUUUAAAACAUU